CAGACAAUUGCUGGUUCGCUACUGCGCAUCUAUACAGGCACUCGACGUCUCGUUCUUUUGCACCUUGCAUAUUCGCUCGAUUAUUUGUUCCGAUUUGUUCGCCUAUCAAGCUCGACCUUAUCUAGAUCGACUCCGAAUCUGAAGAAUCACUUAGAUAACGCGCUCAGCGUGUCGCAGCAUCAAUGCGAUGCAGUGACGAGGACAAAGGUUUUCAACGAGACUGAGCAAGCCUCGCGGAAGCUCCAGCGAGAGUUUAUUGUGAACUGCAAAUGUCAAUACUGUGAGCGACGAACGGUGAACUGACGAGCAAAGCCGGUACUGUGUUUUUUUUCUGCGCGAGUGAGAUAUUCGCUGCCUGGGACGGGAAUCGGAAGAAACCUCGAAGCGUCGCACUCGCUUCGAAGAUGAGGAGCGACGUGAAGAUUGCCGCCUUGCUGGUGUUGCUGAUCGCGGAACUGACCCGCGGGGAUACGUCUUACAACGUGCUGAACCGCGAGGAUCCCUGCGUCAACUUAUGCGAAAAGGCACCCACCACUUUGUACGGAGUCGACUUAUUCAAGAAAUCCUGCUGCCAGCGAGGCUGCAGGUUCUUCAAUUUAGUAGAUCUGCGUUAUGGAUGGGAGUCGAACAACUUGAAUGGCACCAGGGAUGCUUGCGACGCAUCAUGCACCGAGGCUUACACAGAAUUGCUGGAUCGCUACAUUUGUUACAUCGGCUGUGGUUUCAUGGCUAAGCAGCGGGUUUCAGACUUGCUGACAUUGUUCUCCAUCUCCAUGUGCAUGGAUGAAGGCAUGGAGUCCAAUAUCUUGUUAAUGCCCGACAUUCCGGAGAAUGACAUAUUGACUGAUCCUGGAUUGCGCAAGGAGCUACUACCUGGAUGGUGGGAUUCCGAUGGCUUUAAAUUGCCGCAGACCUACAUUAAAACUGUACCUAUGGAUGCAGGGACUGUGGAUUACGCUCUGUCUUCCGAUUACUCUGGCGAGACCGAACAGGCGGCGUCUACCACUGGAUCAGACUGGCUUCAUUGCGCAUUGAAGCAGAUAAGGAUGCCGUAUUGGGACGUUGGAGUGCACUAUUGGCUCCUUGCAUCCGUCAAAGCAAUGUGCGUAAUGAUGUUCAUAGUAAUGUGCAUAACGCUGUGGCUUUGCCUGUCGACGGGAGACCCGACGACUCGCAAGGAUAAGUUAACCGAGGUGUCUAGUACACCCGAAGUCGCGUUGUACGUACCGGACGAAGCGCCGCUUUAUCAGGAGCCGCCACCCAAGUACGAUCAAUCGUCUGGUCAUUGUGAGCUUUAAUCAACUUUCGAUGUCACUUGAGUCACGAUAUUUCGAUGAAGGUUUAACGCGAUUAUACCUCGUUUCAGAAGCCUUAGCGUAGCGCAACAGGUAUCAAUUACAGUAAAUAUUUUAAGUUUAUGAGUGAUCACACAGUCGAAGACUUAAAUAGCGUUUCAUAGUAAUGCCAUAUGGAAGUAUCAAAGUAUUCUUUUGUUUUACACGUAUUUAAAGUAGCCGAUAAUAACGCAGCCAACGUGCACGUUUUACUGAUAUGUAAUAAAACAAGUAUGAAAUGAAGUACGAGGUGACGGCAGAGAGAGAGAGAGAAGCUUAUUCAGCAAGAUAAAGUCUCUAAAACCGAGAUGUUUUGAGAACAUUGAGCUUUUCGAGGAAUUUACGUUGAUAAUUAUAUUACACAGACUGAUCUAUUAAUUUUCGAAGUGAGGUUUUCGAGUUAACUUUUCAUAUAAAAAA